GACUCUAUUGAAAUAUCGAUACUUCCCCAAAUUUAUUUUAGUAUUUUGGUAUUAGUACUUUGCGGUAUGUGACGAAGAGGUGGUGAAUGGGAGAAAAGAACGCUAAUAAAGUAAUAAUAGCCCAACAAAACAAAAAUCAAUCCAAAAAUGGCUCAAUCAACUGAUAUGUGCUCUCUAGUACAAUAAAUUCACCAGCAUAAAUUUCUACCAUUAUUUGUCUCCCUCCUCUCGUCACAUUAAUUCACAACUCAUCUCUUAAGUGUAAACAGAAAAUCACAAUUUUUAACCUAUCCUCUGCUUUAGCAGUGGGUGAUGUGCUGUUACCAGUGUACGACUCAUCGAAGAACAGAACAGCUCACGAAUUUUAAUGAUGAUUUGGCAAAAGGGAAAAACAAUGGAAUAAUUAGUUUUUUGACCAAAUUUUGUUUUUUAAUCCACCCAAAAAUCCCCCACCUCAUUCGGCUAAUUAGUUUUGUGUCAUAAUAAAAACCCAUUUGUCUACUCUUUUAAAUUUAUCCCAAAAGGAUAAUUAAGUGGAUAAUUUCAACGCAUCCCCUGUAAUUUAUUUCAAUUAAUUAAUUAAUUCCCCUUUAUCCCCCACCCUUCUUCAUCUUCUCAAUUUAAAAGGAGGCAGCCAUUAGCAGCUCCGAGUUUUUUACCCAAUCACCCAUAAUCCCUUCUCCGAAGACCAGAGCAGAGACAGAGAUUGAUUUCCAAUUUCCCGGCGGCGGCAAAAAGAUCGGGUCUUUACUCGGUUAAACAAGUCAAGUCCCAAGAUUUUUCUAGGGUUUCUGCGCUUUCCCUUUCCUCAUUCUAAUUGUUCGUUGAAGUUCUGGGUUAAGCUGUCAAAAUCAGUCGUUAUUUACUAUUUUUUCCUUUUUCCCUUCAAUUUCCACCUUCUCUGUAAAUUUUCCCAUCAAACAAACAGACAAAGGUCGAGCUGAAAACCCCUUCUCAAACAACAGGCGAUCCGCGACAAAAGCUCGUUCUCUGCUUCUUUCUUUUUCUUCUUUAAACAAAUUGGGUGCGGGGUCUCUCUGUGCAAUUUGUAUACGCGUCUCGCUUACAAAUACCCAUUCCUCUACCUUUUGACACCUCUCCUUCGGUUCUGCCUAUUGCGCCCCUUCAUUUCAUAUACUGUCGAUUCCGUGUUCCUUUCCGUAGCUUAAUUGGGAAAGCCCUCUUCUGAAUCGAAGUUUCUAGGUUCCCCACCUGUUUUCCUCUUCUGGGUCUUCUUGGGUUGCUCUGUGCCUUGAUGGGUGCCAACUUCUCUUCGAUUUUCAUGGAUCCGGCGACGACUUGCUCUCUGUUCGGCGCCUUUUCCCCUCCAAUCCAACAGCCGCCGCGGAGACCGACCCUGGGCGACUUGCCGGAGAGCUGUGUGGCGCCGAUUCUCGCUAACUUGGAUCCCGUCGAGAUUUGCAAACUGGCGACGCUCAACAGGGCGUGUCGCGGCGCGUCUUGGGCUGAUUUCGUGUGGGAGUCCAAGUUGCCGGAGAAUUAUCGGGACCUUAUGGAGAGAGUGUUGGGCGUUGACAACGCCGAUGGGAAGAGGAUUAGCAAGAGAGAGAUUUACACCAGACUUUGCGCCGCCAAUACAAUCGAUGAUGGCUCCAAGAAAGUCUGGCUUGACAAAACCACUGGUGGCGUCUGUCUAUCCCUCGCUUCCAAGGGCUUGAUGAUAACCGGCAUCGAUGAUCGCCGAUACUGGAACCAUAUUCCAACUGAGGAGUCAAGAUUCUCCUCUGUUGCAUAUCUUCAGCAGAUAUGGUGGUUCGAGGUCAGUGGAGAGUUCGAGUUCCCAUUCCCAGCAGGUACCUACAGUCUGUUUUUCAGGCUACAGCUGGGUCGAACUGCUAAGAGGUUCGGUCGAAAGAUCUGCAACACCGAGCAUGUCCACGGUUGGGAUAAAAAACCGGUUCGGUUUGAACUGUGGACUUCGGAUGGUCAGUAUGCAUCUUCACAGCGGUUUUUGAAUGAUACUGGGAAGUGGAACCUGUACCAUGCUGGUGAUUUCGUUGUUCUCAAAGAUAAUGAUGCAUCAAUGAAGAAGCUGAAGUUCUCAAUGACACAGAUCGAUUGCACACACACAAAGGGUGGUCUGUGUUUGGACACUGUACUAGUAUUGCCAUGUAAAUUUAGAGAAAGGUUGAAGCAUUUUUGAGGCGCAUUCAUACCUUUUGAUGAUAGUAGCAGCGAGAGAAGAUAGUUUUAGGAGAAGAAAUAGCUCAUCAUCCCGUGUCAUAUAUGUGUUCAAGUAGAGCAAUGUGUAUAGUCCGGUUUUGUAUUGU